AAUAGUCGAAUGUUGACAUAUUUAUUUGGAAUAUGGUGUUUUCGACGUUUUGUUUCUUUACGUAUUCUUGAAAUUAUACAUUGACUUUCUAAAAGCUUGUACCCACGAGUAUCAAAAUAGCUGUAACAGUAAGAAACUAUUUUUUGAAAGGUGUUUGUUACAAACGAGUUAACCAUGAUGAGCCUUCGUGACAGGCAAAUAAGUGCUUUAAAACAGAUGUUAAACUUAAAUCAAGCUGAACAAAAAUUAGAGGAAGCAAUACCGACAUGGAAGCUUUUAAUUUAUGAUAGACUUGGUCAAGACAUUAUUUCACCUUUAAUAUCUGUGAAGGAACUCAGGGAGCUUGGUAUUACACUCCAUAUGCAAUUACAUUCCGACAGAGAUUCUAUUCCUGAGGUACCAGCUAUUUACUUUUGUGCCCCAACGGAUGAAAAUCUUGGUAGGAUCGGUCAAGAUUUACAAAAUGGUUUAUAUGAUAUAUAUCAUUUAAACUUUAUAUCACCGAUAUCUAGACAAAAAAUGGAAGAUUUAGCAGCUGCAGCAUUACUUGGAGGUGUAGUGUCAAGUAUCCAUAAAGUAUUCGAUCAAUAUUUAAAUUUUAUAUCACUAGAGGAUGAUCUAUUCAUUCUCAGACAUCAAAAUAGCGAUGUCAUAUCAUAUCAUGCUAUUAAUCGUGGUGAAAUAAAAGACACUGAAAUGGAAUCGGUAAUGGAAAUUAUAGUUGAUUGUUUAUUCUCUGUGUUUGUUACAUUGGGAACUGUUCCAAUUAUAAGGUGUCCAAGAGGCAAUGCUGCAGAAAUGGUUGCUAAAAUGGUCCAUAAAAAGUUAAAAGAAAAUGUUUGGGACCCAAGGAAUAAUUUAUUUGAAAGUAAAACGACUGGUCACUAUAGUUUUCAAAGACCACUUCUCAUCAUAUUAGAUCGUAAUGUAGACAUGGCUACACCCUUACAUCAUACAUGGACCUAUCAAGCACUGGCACACGAUGUAUUGGAAAUGGCAUUAAACAGAUUAGUUGUCGAGGAAAAUGUAGGAAGAUCUCCUGCAGGUGGAACACGUUCAAAAACUAGAGCCUAUGAACUAGAUAAUAGAGACAGAUUUUGGUACCAACAUAAAGGUAGCCCAUUUCCUAGAGUAGCAGAAGCCAUACAGGAAGAAUUAGAACAAUACCGUACUUUUGAAGAGGAUGUUAAGAAACUUAAAUCUACAAUGGGUAUAGACAAUGAGAAUGAGGUAGCAAUAUCAAUGGUGUCUAGUAAUACAGCACGUUUGACCAGUGCUGUAAAUUCUCUACCACAACUCAUGGAAAUGAAACGCUUAAUCGACAUGCAUACAUCAAUUGCAACAGGUAUUUUAAAUUUUAUAAAAUCUCGAAGACUGGAUACAUUCUUUGAAUUGGAAGAGAAAAUCAUGAGUAAGCAAACAUUGGAUAGAAGUGUACUUGAAACAAUAAGUGAUCCAGAUUGCGGUACUCCCGAAGAUAAAUUACGUCUUGCUAUUAUAUAUUAUAUUUGUACAAACAUGUCAGAUGCUGACUAUAAUCAGCUUGAAGCAGCAUUGACCACUGCUGGAUGUGACUUAAAUCCCUUAAUAUAUACAAAAAGAUUGAAAAGUUACACCAGAAUAGCAGAAAUCCAAAAUAGUUACGAAGGUGGUGGAACUAAAACAGUUAGUAUGUUUUCAAAGCUUAUGAAUCAGGGAUCAUCGUUUGUAAUGGAGGGAGUUAAGAAUUUAGUUGUUAAGAAACAUAAUUUACCUGUUACAAAAAUAGUCGACGAAUUAAUGGAAUCUCGACAAUCAUCGCAAACGGAUGAUUAUUGUUACCUAGAUCCGAAACAGCGGAAGCAAACGGAAGUAAUGCCAAAGAAUCGACCGACAUUCCAAGAUGUAAUUGUUUUUAUCGUUGGCGGCGGAAAUUACAUAGAAUACCAAAAUCUAAUGGAUUAUGUGAAACAGAAAAGUGGGGCAGGGGUUUAUAAACGAAUCACGUAUGGUUCAACAACGUUUAUUAACGCAAAACAACUGCUCAAGCAGCUCUCGUUACUUGGGCAAGAAGUUCACUCGUAAUUCUUGCAAAUUAUACAAUUGACAUUCGACAAAAAUGUAUAUUUAUCGUCUCAUUUCUUAUGGCGUACGCUAAUUUUUCCUAUUGUUGUUAAUGCCUUCUUGUAAAAAUGUAAAAUAAAUAA